AUGUUUUGGGGUCACAUUCCAGUGGAAUUUGCGAAUCUGAUUAAUCUUCAGUAUUUGGACCUCGCCUACAAUAACUUCUCAGGCGUCAUACCAAAAUCUAUUGUCAACUGGAAGAGGAUGACAUUAACAGUAACAGGUGACAACGAUGAUGACUAUGAAGAUCCACUGGGUUCUGGAAUGGUAAUUGAUGCAAAUGAAAUGAUGGAUUAUAAUGACAGUUUUACUGUAGUCACAAAAGGUCAAGAGCAGCUAUACACAGGAGAAAUAAUUUAUAUGGUGAAUCUGGAUUUAUCUUGUAACAGUCUUACUGGUGAGAUACCUGAAGAGAUCUGCACUCUUGUUGCACUGAAUAAUUUGAACUCGUCAUGGAAUGCCUUAAGUGGAGAAAUUCCUAGAAAAGUUGGUGACUUGGCACAAGUAGAAUCCCUCGACCUAUCACACAAUGAGCUAUCCGGUGAAAUCCCCACAGGCUUAUCAGCUCUCACAUAUUUGAGCCACUUGAACCUGUCAUAUAACAAUCUAUCAGGAAAGAUACCAUCUGGAAAUCAGCUGCAAGUGCUAGAUGAUCAGGCAUCAAUCUAUAUCGGCAACCCAGGUCUCUGCGGUUCUCCUCUCAAAAAGAAAUGUCCUGAAACGAACCUGGUCCCUUCUGUUGCAGAAGGUCACAAGGAUGGAAGCGGUGAUGUUUUCCAUUUCCUCGGUAUGAGUUCCGGAUUUGUGAUAGGGCUCUGGACAGUCUUCUGCAUCCUCUUGUUCAAGACUAAAUGGAGAAUGGUUUGCUUCACGUUUUAUGAUACAUUGUAUGACUGGGUUUACGUGCAAGCAGCUCUUGGUUUGGCUUCUUUGACAAGAAGAAUGGAUACCAGGAGUUGA